AACAUGAAGGAUUAUAGUGCCACGAUUUCAAUUGUCACGAUAACAGUGCCAAAAGUCUGAAGCCCGCCGUAGUCGGUGCAUGUUUGUCAAAUUCUCUUCACAAUCGCAACUCGCAAGCCACCGCUACUCCACCAAGCCACACGGAGGCGGAACCCAAAUUCCAACCCGACUCCUCCAGCCAACAGCCCAAGCGAAGCGAGGGCCCUUGAGCUCCCCUCCUGCAUGACGUCCCCAUGGUGUCUCUCGGCACCGCCCGCCGCCCCGCCCAUGGCGGCUGCGCCCAGCGCCCUCGGCGUCUCCACGUCGGCCUCCGCCCUCGCGCGCGUGCCGGUUCCCGGAAGUAAGCGGUGCAGGUGGAACGCCCUCGUGGUCUGCGCGGCCCCUGAUGAGGAGAAGAUUACGAAGCGGUCGCCCCUGGAUUUCCCCAUCGAAUGGGAGAGACCAAAACCUGGGAGGAGACCUGAUAUCUUCCCUAAGUUCAGCCCAAUGAAGACACCAUUACCGCAUCCAUUGCCAGCUGAUGAUCCUCUGGAUGAUGAUGAAGAGGAAGAGGAAGAACAAGCACCACCUCAGGAGGAGCCACAAGAGGACGAUCCAGACACGGAAGAACCUGAGGAAGAUGACCCAGAUAAGCCAACCGAGUAAUUUUCGAUUGGCUUAACAGUGAUAGAUUAGGCAAUGGGAAAAAAUGUGCUACGUCUUUGGUGCGCGCAAGAGAUCUCAGUUCUAUUUGAACUGCCGGCUUAUAUAGGCUCUAGAUGCAUAAGUUUGUUAUAUGACCUCUGAGCUUUUCUAAAGCUAUGAAAGUUUUGUUUUACGGAUUACAGAUUAUAGUGCGAUAUCUGUGAUGACAUGCAUUCUCACUUUUUCUAUGUUUUGAGUAAGCAACGUGUACAUUGCAAAACCUGUAUUUGAUGUAGUUGCAUCAUUGAUUUGUGAAACGGAUACUGAGAUUUUUUAGUAAGCUAUGAAA